AUGGCAGACGCUGGAAAUUGGUGUCUCAUCGAGAGUGACCCUGGAGUUUUCACAGAAAUGCUCCGCGGUUUCGCAGUUGAUGGAUUGCAAGUCGAAGAGUUGUGGUCGCUCGAUGAUGACAAGGCCCUAAUGAAACCCGUCUACGGUUUGAUUUUCCUGUUCAAAUGGCGUCAAGGAGACGAAGGAGCAGGAGUUCCAAGCACCAAAGAAAACAUUUUCUUCGCACAACAAGUCAUCCAGAAUGCGUGUGCUACACAGGCGCUGAUCAAUCUCCUGAUGAACGUCAGCGAUCCAGCCGUCAAGCUUGGACCAAUUCUCACCCAGUACAAAGAAUUCGCGAUUGAUAUGGAUCCAGCUACUCGUGGACUUUGUCUAUCAAACUGCGAAGAUAUUCGUACAGUUCAUAAUAGCUUUUCUCGUCAAACGCUCUUUGAGCUUGAUGUCAAGGGAGGCGAUUCCGAGGACAACUAUCACUUUGUCACAUAUGUUCCAAUUGGUGACAAAGUUUUCGAGUUGGAUGGGCUCCGUGAAGCUCCUCUCGAAGUUUCCGAUCUCCCAGAUGGAAAGGAUUGGGUUGAGGCUGUUAGGCCAAUCAUUCAAGAACGAAUGGCAAAGUACAGCCAAGGCGAGAUCACUUUCAAUUUGAUGGCACUCGUUCCAAAUCGCCAGCAAAAAUAUCAAGAGAUGUUGGAUGCGCUGACUCAAGCUAAUGAGAACGGUGAACUUGAUGAGCAAAUCACUGAUAUCACUAUCAACAUUCAAGAAGAGGAGAGAAAGAUGACAACAUACCGAAAGGAAAACGCUCGACGGCGCCACAACUACACCCCGUUCGUCAUUCAGCUUCUCAAGAUUCUCGCCAAGGAGGGAAAGCUCGUCGGACUCAUCAACGACGCCUACCAGAAAGCCGAGGCUCGCGCGAAGAAGCCAGCUCUUAACACCGAUAAAACCGUACUCAAACUGAAGGAUGAGUCGAUGGAUUGA